AUGAUUUUGAUAGCAAUUUUUCUAGCUUCUCUUGCUUUUCUGUGGCUUUGCAGAAGCAAGAAGAAGACAGAUAAUUUACCACCUGGUCCCAUUGGGUUGCCAAUUUUGGGAAGCCUUAACAAGUUGGGAGCAAAUCCUCAUCGGGAUCUGCACCGACUAGCUCAGAAAUAUGGGCCUGUCAUGUUCUUACGCUUAGGUUUUGUGCCCACCGUUGUUGUUUCUUCACCCCAAGCUGCCGAACUCUUCCUCAAGACCCAUGACCUUGUGUUUGCCAAUAGACCACGUUAUCAAGCUCAAAAAUACGUCUCUUGGGGACAGAAGAACUUGGGCUUUGUUGAAUAUGGCUCUUACUGGCGCAACAUGCGUAAGAUGUGCACGUUGGAACUGCUAAGCCAAACCAAAAUUAAUUCCUUCAGAAGCACGAGGGAGGAGGAGCUUGACCUGUUGAUCAAGCUUCUGAGAGAGGCAGCCAAGGAUGGAGCUGCUGUUGAUGUCAGUGCAAAGGUUUCAAAACUGAGCGCAGACAUGGCUUGUAGAAUGAUUUUAGGGAAGAAGUACAUGGACCAGGACUUGGAUGAGAAGGGGUUCAAGGCUGUGAUGCAAGAGGCGUUGCAUUUAGUAGCAACUCCUAACAUGGGAGAUUACAUUCCUUACAUCGCUGCACUUGACCUUCAAGGGCUAACUAGGCGCUUGAAAGUGGUUCACAAAAUCUUCGAUGACUUCUUCGAGAAAAUUAUUGACGAGCACAUGGAAUCAGGGAAGGAAGAAGAGAAGACAAAGGAUUUCGUGGAUGUGAUGUUGGGUUUUUAUGGUACUGAAAAUUCUGAAUACCGCAUUGAACGAGCCAAUAUUAAAGCCAUACUUAUGGAUAUGUUGGGUGGGUCAGUGGACACUUCUGCUGCAUCAAUAGAGUGGACAGUUUCAGAGCUGAUAAAGAAUCCAAGGGUGAUGAAGAAACUCCAAGAGGAACUGGAAAGCGUGGUGGGUAUGAAGAGGAAGGUGGAAGAAUCAGACUUAGAGAAGUUAGAAUAUCUGGACAUGGUUAUAAAGGAAAGUCUGAGACUUCAUCCAGUGGUACCGUUGCUGAUACCACACGAGUCAAGGGAAGAUUGCAUGGUUGGAGAGUUUUUCAUUCCUAAAAAGUCAAAGGUGAUAGUGAAUGCAUGGGCUAUUAUGAGAGACCCAAGUGCUUGGGUUGAUGCAGAAAAGUUCUGGCCUGAGAGAUUUGAAGGAAUAAACAUAGAUGUUCGAGGGCGUGAUUUUGAGCUGAUACCAUUUGGUUCCGGCAGAAGGGGAUGUCCAGGAAUGCAACUGGGUCUAACUGUGGUUCGUCAGACAGUGGCACAAGUUGUCCAUUGUUUUGAUUGGAAGCUUCCAGAUAACAUGUUACCAUCUGAGUUGGAUAUGGCAGAAGAGUUUGGCCUCGCAAUGCCAAGAGCCAAUCAUCUCUUUGCCAUUCCUACCUAUCGACUUUCGCAUGAGAGUGAUUAUUAGUGAAAAAAAAAAUUUGCGAGGAAAAAAUGUAUUAUUUUUUAAGUGGUUUUUGAAUAUUAAGAAUGAGAGAAAAAAAAAUAAAAAAUUACUUAAAAAAACAUAUAAAAUUAUAAAAAAAAAUUAUCAAAAUUUAAUAGUUAAAAUAUCAUUUUUCAAUGCAAUGUUAUAUUCGUAUAUCAGGGAAGAAAAUUUCCUUCUAUUUGGUUAGGUUGCUUUCAAUAAUUUAUGGUGAAGUAGAUCACCCUUUCCCUUUCUUAUUCCCAAACAAGUAUUAUGUACCUCAAACUGUUGACUAUUCCAUAGACAUGGAUGAAUAAUAGACACUCAUUUGCAAUUUGCAGGUUUGAGAUCGAUGUAAUUUGACAUAUCGGUGGGAAUAAAUGUUUUAUAUAACAACUA